CCUCAGUAGCCAAUCAGGGUCUCCAGAUGGACUGCCAGUCAGAAUGGAAAGAAUACUUCCGGUCCCAUGCUGCAGGCUGCGGGUGAAGGAGGCUCAUCUUGUUCUUUGUGCUGAGCUGUUACUGGCUGCUUGGAGCUGUGAGGAGAAGGGUGAGCUCGGAACCCGCCAUGAUGCUCCCUGUGAUGGAAUGUGAAGAGACAUGACUCCAGCAGUGUCACCUUGGAAGGGAAAGUCGUCUUCAGCCUACCAUGACCUUCUACUUUCUGGUCCUUUUAGCAGUUGUUUACAAGUUGUGACAAUAGUACCACAUGCAACUCGGGCCCAUUCACGAGCUGUCAAUAACUGUCCAGCCAUUAUAUAAUUACCAUUAGCAUGUGACUCCACCUUCUUUUUUCCAAGUUCAGGUAGAAAUGAGUAGCCAUUUUUAGUCUGGAUUCAAAUAUUCUACUCAAGAUAAUGGGCAAGGACUGUUCAAUGUCAUCUCACCUUCUAGAGAUUUAAAUAGAGUAGAUAGUGCAUAAUUAGGUAUUAGAUAUUUUGGUUUUGCUGAAAUAGCACUAGAAAUAGUGAGUGAAACUCAUGCGACUGAGAAAGAAUUGGUAAAUGAAUUUCAUUUUCCUGCUGUAAUGCUAAAUUUAAAUAAAAGGUGAAGUGGGUACCUUUUGGCAGGCCCUGCCAAAGUUUGCUACUAAGCAAACAUGCCACAAAGUUAGUGCAAGAGGUUUAUUGGGGUAGAGGGGAGUGAAAGCAUGAAAGGCCCUCUUGGAGUGGGGAUAUGAGAGAGGCAGACAGACAAGAGGAAGAAGAGAGGAGCAAGAGGCAAGAAAAGAGUAAGAGGCAAGAAAGAAAACAAUGGGCAAGAGAGACAAGAGAGGAAGGAGGAGGCAAGAGAGCCAUGAGACGAGAGUGAGCUGUGCUCUGGCGGGCGCUUUUAAAGGGCCCAUGUGUCAUAUCUGACAGUGGAAAGAUGAGGAUGUAACUACUUUGGUGACAGAGGCAGGCUGCUGCUGCAGCAGAAACAAACAUUCCUCCCUUUUGUUUAUUAUAAAAAGAUGAAAGAGGAAGGCUUAGCUGGUGAGGUGGGAAUGAGGGCACUGUGUUCUCAAGACUGCUUCCUGUUGUCUGGGGACAUUGGCAUAUACGGGAGACCUGAGAAAGCUGAGAUGCAGGCCAAGUCCUGGGAUAGCUGGCUGUUUCACUGACUGUCCACGCUUUGUGGUACUGUCUGGUGCUAGGAAAGUGUAGGCCUGGUUGAAGCAGUUUGUGAGGUUGGACCACUUGGGGCUAGCCACUUUGAAGCUGUCUGGGAUGCAGAUUUUGAGGGGAUCUGGCAGGAUGCUGGCAGAAAAUAAAGUUAAAAAGUUUUAGGGGGGAAUUUUUUUCUUAAGCCCUAGUAAUUGAAGAAAGGGAGUCCUAAGACCAGGAAAAGGUAGGAGAGAUUCCACCCUCAGGAACAGGCAGUAGGUGGGGACACUUAGGCUGUUGAUUGACAGUUCUUAUGUGGAGUUCAUUUACCUGUUUGAGGUAGAUCCAAGCCAACUCCCUGGAGCUUACAAGAACUUUUUGAGUUUACACAAAGAGAUAAGUUUUGGACACAUUAGCAUUCCCACUGUUUGUAAUCUGUACUGAAAUCCACAUUGUAGAUAAGGCAGUAGACUCAUGCCUUUGAGUCAUAGGGGACCCAAAAGUGAUUCUGGUUAAAAGCAUGAACACUUUCCUCUAACCAGAAGACUGAGUGUAUAUAGAUGAGACAGAUGUUUUUAGCACAAUGAGAAACAUUUUUAAGUCUACACUUAAAAAACAACCAAAGGGAAUUUAAAAUCUUAAGUCUGUGACUAUGAUAAAAGUAGUGGUGCUUUGCUAGAGCUAGAUCCAUAGCUUAUCAGAAUUCCAAUGUUCAGACUAAGGACUUUUGGAGCCUUAAUACAACAGAGUAGUGAGGGAAAGAAAUCUGAAACAUGUUUUUUAUACACCUUAAGUCACUUUUUUUUUUAUCACCACUUAAGCUUUUUCAUCCUCAGACCUUUAUAACUUGAAUUUACACACCUUAAAACACCUUAGACCCUAAAACAUUUUCUUAGAUCUUCACAUCUUAAGCUUUCAGUUCCUUACAUAAACUUUACCCCUUAAAACACCUUCUUCUAUCUAAUUCGCCAGGAGACACAUGUGGUUGAUUGCUGCGGCCAAUCAUUAUAAAGAUGCAGUGACCUAUGAAGAUGUGCAUGUGAACUUCACCCAUGAAGAGUGGGCUUUGCUGGAUCCUUCCCAGAAGAGACUCUACAAAGAUGUGAUGCUUGAAACCUACCAGAACCUCACUGAUAUAGGCUACAAAUGGGAAGACCAGAAUAUUGAAGAACAUUGUCAAGGUUCUAGAAGACAUGGAAGGUAUAUCAUCUGUCACUCUGGACACAAAUCAUGUGAUUCUAAGGGAUAUGGAAAGAAGAAAUGCACCUGUCUUUCUCCCAGAAACAUUAGAAAACAUGUAAUAGUUCCCACUAUGGGAAGACAUGGUAAUCCUGAUACAAGUGUACAGUUAGUUGGAUUUCCGACUUCAUUGGGAAUACAUCAAUAUAAGUACCAUGGAGAAAAGCCUUAUAAGUGCAAGGAAUAUGGAAAUUCUUCUGUCUGUCCUGGUUCAUGUUGCACAUGUAGUGUGACUCACACUAAAGGAAAAUGUUACGAAUGCAAUCAGUGUUUUAAAGCUCUGAGUUCUUCCAGUUCUAUUCAAAGAUGUUUAAAAAUUCAUAUGGCAAAAGGAUGCCAUAAACAAGAGCCAUGUACUAAAGAUUUUAACCAUCAUAAGAAUCAUCAAACACACAAAAGAACCCAUAAUGAAGAGACACCCUGUGAACGUAAACAAUGUGAUAAAACAUUUAGACUUCAUUCUACUUUACAAUUACCCCAAAAAACUCAUUUGAAAAUAAAACCCUCUGAAUAUAAUAAAGGCGAGAAAUCCUUUGAAUGUCACAGUCAUCUUCAAGUACCUAAAACUCAUACUGCAAAGAAACAAUAUGAAUGUCAUCAAUGUGGAAAAACUUUUAUACGUCCCAGUCAUCUUAAAAUACAUGAAAGAAUUCAUACUGGUGAGAAACCUUAUAAAUGUAAACAAUGUGAUAAAGCCUUUGUAAGUACUGGUGACCUUCAAAAGCAUGUAAAAAGUCAUACUGGAGAGAAACCUUAUGAAUGUAAGCAAUGUGGUAAAGCCUUUGCACGUAAAAGUCGUCUACACCGUCAUGAAAGAGGUCAUAAUGGAGAGAAACCCUAUGAAUGUCAACAAUGUGGUAAAGCCUUUGCAGAUCCUAGUAAUCUGAAACAACAUAAAAGAAGUCAUACUGGAGAGAAACCCUAUGAAUGUCAUCAAUGUGGUAAAGCCUUCGGAGAUCCCAGUAAUCUUAAACAUCAUAAAAAAAGUCAUACUGGAGUGAAACCCUAUGAAUGUAGUCAAUGUGAUAAAGCCUUUGUAAGUAGUGGUGAUCUCCAAAGGCAUGAAAGGAGGCAUACAGGAGAGAAACCCUAUGUAUGUAAUCAGUGUGGUAAAGCCUUUGCAUACCGCAAUAAUCUUCACCAACAUGAAAGAAGUCAUACAGGAGAGAAACCCUAUGAAUGUAAACAAUGUGGAAAAGCCUUUGCAUAUCUUAGUAAUCUUCAACAGCAUAAAAAAAGUCAUACUGGAGAGAAACCCUAUGAAUGUCAUCAAUGUGGUAAAGCAUUUGCACAUAAAUAUCAUCUUCACAGUCAUGAAAGAACUCAUACUGGAGAGAAACCCUAUGAAUGUAACCAAUGUGGUAAAGCUUUUGCAUACUCCAGUAAUUGUAAAAAACAUGAAAGAAGUCACACUGGAGAGAAAUCCUAUGAAUGUAAUAAAUGUGGUAAAGCCUUUGCACAUCUCAACAGUCUUCAAAAGCAUGAAAUAGAUCAUAUCAGAGAGAAACCCCAUAGAUGUAGUAAAUGUGGCAAAGCUUUUGCAUGUAACAGUCAUCUGCAAAAUCAUGAAAGAAGACAUACUAGAGAAUAAUCCCAUGAAUAAAUGAGGUAAAGCUUUCUAUACUAGGCAAAGACUCUAUCAUUUUGAAGAUCCCAGAACUAUGCGCUAUCCAGCAAGACCAUCAGCAGUGGUGAAGUGGAACCAGUCUGCUUAGAAGAGAAGCUGUAUAUGCUGCAGAGAGCUCAGCCCAAAAAAUGACCCAAGCCCUUUGGAGAAGCCCGGGAGAUUUUUAGUGGAUUUCUGUCAUUGAAUGUGGUAUUAUUCAUAUUGUGGGAGUUUGUUUUCACUUUUUUCAGAUUGUGACUGCCCUGCUUCUUCCUUUUUGAAGGGAGAAGGUAUUUAGUUUAAUUUUGAUUUUUUUUUAUUUUACAUGAGCAAUAGUUGAAAAGCUUUAAACUUUUAAAAAAGGUUUUGGGUUUUCAGUGAGACUGGACAUUUUUAAAAAGAAAUUUUAAUGUUUUUAAAUUUGUAGAAAUUAUGUGAUUUUUAAUAAACUAUUUCUCUUUUAAUGUAAGGUCUUGUAAAUGAAUAAGAAAGGAAAGGUUGAGGCUUCGUUGUGAUAUGUUUGUGUAUCAAGUUGACAAGUUUGAUUCCUAGUACCUACAUCAAAUGGCUCAGAACAGCUUAUAAAGCCUUGUUCUGGAGAUCUGAUGUACUCUUCAGGCUUCCUUGCACACCAGGUAUGGAAGUGGAGCAAAUACAGAUGUAUAUGCAUGCACAUAUGUGUGUUGUAUGACUCCAUAUAUUUAAAAGAGCUUUCUUAAUGUAUAUGUUAUAAAUUUUUUCAAUAAUUAAAAGAAAAUAAGUUUAAUUUUGGUGUAUUGUCAGAACACCAUCUGGGAAAGGAGUCAUUUGAGAAUUCUAAAUGCUUAUGUUAACACUCCAAGCAAACAAGACACAAGUCUUAUGACCUCAUUUUCUUCAAACCAUGAAAUUAUUGUCCUUGGAAUGUAUUUUUGUGCUCCUCCCAGGUGUAGCAGGUAGGUGUGAGUUGACUUCAGAUUACUCAUUAUUGUUUGCUGUUGUGAUUCAGUGAAAUGUUUGAACUGUCCUUUAUAUGCUUGUAUGGAAAAACAUGUUUUUGUCCCAUGUGACUUGUUUUUAAUCAUUGUAUACAGCUUGAACUCAGGAGAACUCUACUCAUAUGACCUUUAUAACCUGCAAAGUAUAAAUUUUCUGGGGCAUGGAAUAAAGUUGACUAUUGUAUGAGA